GAUUUCAAAAUGGUCAUUGCUGUCCGAACUGAUUUACAUAUGCGCAAAGGCAAGAUGGCCGCACAGUGCUGUCAUGGUGCUAUUGCGAAUUACGUUGGUUGCAUGCGCAAAAAUCCAGAGAUGAUACAUAAGUGGAAGCGUAGUGGACAAGCAAAGGUUGUUGUUAAGGCAUCUGACGAAGCAACACUGUUAAAGAUGCAAAGUCAAGCAAGAAAAUUGGGUUUAGAGGCUAACGUCAUUGCUGAUGCGGGUCGUACACAGAUAGCGGCUGGUUCUUUGACUGUAUUAGCAGUCGGACCGGGACCACAAGAACUGAUUGACCUUGUUACUGGAGAAUUAAAGCUAAUGUAA